GAGGACCGUCCACGUGUUUCCCUUGCGCUUGACUUUGGACCGUUGUUGAUACUGUGGAGGCGUGUCCGGAGACAUACAUCACUUUCAUUCACUCGCUACUGCUUGACUUCCACGAUGCCACCGGUCCCUACUGCAGUUGACCCCGAAAGCUUGGCUCUCAUUGAGCUCAUCGAGCGACGCCUGAAUGAUUUGACGACUUUCCAAAUUCCGCAUUUAAAGGCGUGUGCGGGACCACUUGCUACGCAACAAAGCCUGGCAGCCGAAAUCCGGGAGGAUGUUGAAAGGGUGGGGAGGCAAAUCGAAGAGUUGGACGUCCUGGUUGAUGACCAGAGAACUGAACGGGCGCGGAGGCAACUGAGAGUACGGGUCGAUACAUUUCGAAAUACCUUGGACAAACUUCGCAAUGAUGCUCGAGGAGCGAUCCUAGUGUCGAAACGCACUAUAGAUGCACAGCGGCAGUCCCAACGGGAGGAAUUAUUUGGUUCACCCUCCUCAACGUCCGAGAAGGUGUUGUCUGGGAAUGGCAAAACUAAGGAAGAUGCGCUUAUGACAGCCACAAACAACGUCACCGAGACCCUCCAGAGAACGAUGGGUUUGAUGCAGAAGGAACUGGAACGUAGUGUCCUUUCUACGCAGCUUAUUGAAUCAUCCACCGCGACUCUGCAGUCGACGGCUCAAACUCAUGACGGUCUCUCACUCCUGCUCGGUUCCUCCCGUCAGCUCAUCAGUGCCCUCGAGAAGACCGACACCCUCGAUCGUCUACUUAUCAUGGCGGCGCUCGUCUUCUUCUGCCUUGUCGUACUCUUCAUCUUGGAGCAACGAGUGUUACAGAAGGGCUUCCGAAUCGCAUUUUGGUGGACUAGGUUCGUAAGCAUGCCAUGGUGGAAUUCUGGGAAAGUGGGUGAUGUAUCCGCUGUGGAGAAAGCAACUGCUACAGGCGUUGAAUCUGUCCUGGCAGUCACGACGGCUUCCGCAGUCAUUGCCGCUUCCGCGACGUCUCUGACGCUUCCUGCGACACUGUUGAGUUUUACGGAGACGAGGACUCCGAUGCCAGUGGCGGAUGGGUCGAUACCAGUUACCACCUACGACGCGGUCACAAGCGCAACCGACACCCUCUUCCCAAACGACCCUGCUUUUGAAUCUGGAUCUGCGCCUAGUGAGCCUCCAGUACGGGCCACCGGCCUAGUAAGCUCUGCCCGAGACGAGCUGUAGUUUCCUUUACCCUUUUAUCGGGAUGUCAUUCGCGCGUAGUCCUUCAUGUAAAACUUCAGUGGCUUCCAAAACACAGCGAAAUGCAUUCCUAAACUAUUACAAUUCGCGUA